AUGCCAUCCCCAACACCCUCCCCCUCCAUCUGGAGCCGGAAACGCGACCUGGUCUACCUCAUCUUCUUCGUCAUCCACAUCCCAACCAUCUUCAUGGUCGACGCCGUCCCCCUCCUCCCGACCGCCCUCCAAACAGACCUCGCGCGCCAAAUCCGCGCCUUCUACGUCUCCUCCUACAACGACAAGUUCUUCGCCGAGCCCCCUCCCCCCUGGUUCACCGCGUUCAUCGCAAUGGAGCUCUUCUACCACGCCCCGCUGAGUCUGUGGGCCAUCCCCGCUUUGAUCCGCGAUAACGCUAUGGUUCCGGUGCAUCUGCUUGCGUUCGGCGUGCAGGCGUUCGUGACGAGUUUGGCGUGUCUGGUGCAGGUGUGGAGUUGGGAGGAUCGUACGGUUGCGCAGAAGAGGAGUAUUACGUUGCUUUAUGGGCCUUAUGUUGCGUUAGGUUGGUAUCCUAUCUUACUCUGGUCGUGGUUUGGGGAUUUUGAAUGGGCGGCUGACGUGUGUCUAGGGGCGUUUAUGGCGCUGGAUAUGGUCUUUAGACUCAGGGGGAGGUUGUUGGGGAAGAGGAAGCUGGCGUAG